CGACCGACAUGACAGACGAAGUCACCAUACCUGUGCCCCCGCCCCCCAAGGACUGUGCAAGAACUGACGACAGAAGAUUAUGGGUUGGGAAUUUAGACAGUCGAUUAAGAGAGUAUCAACUCCUCAAAAUGGUGGAAAACUUUGGACCACUGGUGGAAUUCGACUUUCUUUAUCAUCGAUCGGGCCCUCAAGCUGGGCAGCCUCGCGGAUAUGCCUUUGUGACGUUUAAAUCCCCUGAUUGUGCGCAGGCAGCAAUGACCACUUUAGAUGGGAAGAACGUCUUAGGUCGGAGGAUGGCGGUCAAGUGGGCACACGCGCAGGACGAGAGUAUGUAUGAAAGAACAAAGGAAAAACCUGCUCCACCCAUCCUUAGUGGAGGGAAAGGGGAAACCAGUCAAGUAAGCAAGAAGAGCAAGAUUGCUGCUCUUGAGGCCAAGUUAAAGUUACUGGAGGAGGACAGUCUGAAGGUGGACCUCAUGCCAGAUGUGGGGGCUGCAUCCUCAAGGCCAACCUCUGUCACAUAUGCCUUCAUAGAGCAGAAGCCCAGAGGACAGAAAGGUGCACCUAAGCAACACACUGCCAGUCAUCCCUACCACCGAUCGAAACCCACCAGAAAACACUGAACCGCGGUGCUGAAUGGUGGAGAAUCUUAUCAUCAUUGCAAUGCUUCCGUUUGUUGACAGAUGGAACAUUUGACACAUUCUCUGGCUUUUUCUAUUUUGGGCUAGUUUCACAUUGUCACCUCUUUACAUAUUUAUUCCAUGGUGUUGCCUUAAUGACACUGAACUCUAUGUUGUACAUAUCAAAUCAUGCACUAUUCUCAUAACAUUCAAAUCAUUAUUUUAGGACAGUGUUUGUGCAAAUGUUUAUGCUAGUGACUGAUACCGAUGCAUGGUUGUUGUUUUGGUUGCUUAUUUAUUGUUAGGGUGAAGAGUGUAAGGAUCAUAUAUGAUUACAUACAAGCAGCCAUUUGUUAGCCCUAAUAGUAACACCAGAAACCUCUGAGAGUAUCCUUUGUAGGUAGGAAUUGCAGUUUACACAUAUAUUUCAUAAGAGAGGUAGAAGAUAUGUAUAUAAUUUUUCUUUGAACAUACUGGCUUAUUAUUACAUUAAUUGUAUUAAGUAUUACUUUUUUUAUUAUAGAGAGGCACACUUGAGAGGCAGUAAAAAUGCACCAAAAGUAUUGUGUUUUUUAUUUAGAUUAUUUAUAAAAAAUAAACAAGAACGGUAUAGAUUAGUGUCAGUAUUAAACAGAGAUGAACGUUCCUUGUUUAUUCUUACCAAAUAUAGAAUUAUAAUCCCAGUAUAUUUAUUUCAGUUUUAUUCCUUUUAGCAGAUAGUCACACAAACACCCAUUUGUUAAAGUUGCAUCUUUUUACAUCUUUGUUGCCUCAGAAUGAAAAUGCAGGUGCUUUGUUCUUACAUUUGAGGAAACACCUGUAAAAAUAUGUUGUCUAUCAAUAUACAGCUUAUUGUCUGAAAUGAGCUGACUGUAUGUGUGAUAUUUUAGUCUCAUGCACUAGCAGAAAAAAAUCAUAUGCUUGGAAAGGAAUUCCUUAUAUUUUUUCACAGAUACCUCAUAGUUCACAGGUUUUGCAGAAGUAGCUUUUUUAGGAAAAAAAAGCAUGAAAUGGUCAUUAGUCAGAGGUAUUUAGAUGUUAACCCAUGAAGGAUGUUGUUCUUAGAUAUGUGUACAAACUGGAUGAAAUACUGCAAAAAAUGUCCUUGCUAUAAAUAUCUAUUUUAUAAAUAUCCCAAUUAAAGUGAUUUCAGCCGAAAUAAUUGUGUAUUAACUCAGUGUUGCUGGGAAAAUGCUGUGCUCAAUUUAAAUUUUUUUGUGAAAUGUCUCUGCACAUAGAUGGCUCUGUAAGUGCUUAGCCCCAAAGGAGUCAUUUAGUAAACCUUGUGACCUUUACUAAUGCUAUGAAUAUAGAUGGUGUUACUUUUAUCAUAGACAUUAUAAUUACUAUAAUGUGAUUGACAUUAGUAACAGCAAUAUAAAAUAACAUAAAAUAUUUUCGAAAAUUAAGGAAAAGGGUAAACAGUACUUGUAAUGGGCUCAUUGGUGACUUAGUACAAGUGUAGCCAUCUGUGUGUAAAAAAAUUAAUGAAGUAAACUCACUUUGGGCAUGGUGUGUAUGUAUAUGCCAUGCCCAUCAGCUCUGGGUUAAAGAGCAUUUUCCCACUCAGUAUGUACACGAAACUCUGAACUGUGCCAUCCUUGAGGGGUCACUUGGUGGGCAGGGAUAUUACAAUUCCUUUUCUCGAAAGCCACCUCUUACAUCACAGGGAGACUGUGAUAAAAAUGUGUAUACCCAAACAUAUUCUGCCUUGAGGCCAUCAUUCUCUGGUGUGCAUAAUGACUAUCGCUGCAAGUUCUCCGAUUUUGUGAUACUGGAAAGUAUUUCUUCAUACAGUGAUUGUCUCGGAUCAAACUUGAAGCACACUUGUGUUGGCUUCAUUUAAUUUGUUUUUCUGCAAUCUCAGGCUUUGCAAGUGUACUUUUAAUGUAUAUUCAGAAGGAUGCAGUGCAUUCUGAUCUUGUAACUCUAUGCCUAGAAAGGUUAUUAAGGUGUAAUACCAAAGGGAGUGUUUGUUUACCUAAGAGAUACAGCAGUUUCUCCAGUGUUGUUUAUGUGAGGUGUCCAUGCUAACAGGGAGUUAGAAAACGUAUCACUGGACGUUUGCUUUAAAUAUACUGUGGUGAUGUCUGUUAAAAAGAUAACUGCAUACUAAUUACUGCUAAGACGGUAAUAUUAACAGUAUUCAAUUUUGAUUUACAUUCAACAAGGUGCAGGUUUUAUGCCAAUAAAUUAUAGCUUUUCUGUUAGACCCCACACACUUAAUAAAAAUAUCUUAUUAUUAUGAUGCUAUUGAAGAGUAACUUCCAGAAUUAAAGUAAAGCUCACACUAUGUCAAGAUAAACCAUAUAUGAUAAACCUUUAGUGAAAUAAUACUGUAGGUAAGUGAUUACACAUGUAAUAAUUAGAUUAUAUGAGUGAGUGGUAUCAUAUCUCAUCAGUUAAACUGUGGGUUUUCCAAACCACUAAGUGCUAACGUUUUUAGUUCAUUGUAUCAAGGUCAUGACACAACUUUUUAGAAUAUUAAAUGGCAAGAUGAAGUUAUAAUCUCUGAUGCCGGGAUUCCUUUCUUCCUUUGGGGUAUGUUGCGCCCAAAAUUACACUUCAUGAUGCCUUUUUGUGUAUAGUUUUAUUUAUUGAUUUUCUUUUAUAUAAUUUUUAUACAAUUUUAUGAAUGACCAGAAAAAAUGUAGUAUUAGUGAGAAAAUAUGGAAAAAAUAAUAUUCUUUUAAAUGUA